AGGUUAAUGCUAAGUGAACAGAUACAAUGGCAUUGCAAGAAAGUCUAGCUAAGUUCAAGCAGCAGCAGGAGAAGUGCCAAUCUACCCUCACCAGCAUCCCCCGAGCAGGAGCUUCAAAGGCAACUCAUAAAGCUACACCUGCAAGCACUUCAUCACCAGUUCCUGCCAGAGCUCCUGCCACUCCAGUCAAAUUCUCAAAUGACACAGAGAGGCUUCAACAUAUCAACAGCAUACGGAAGGCUCCUGUUGGUGCUCAGAUUAAGCGUGUUCUAGAUGUACUUCUGGAGACACGGUUAGCGCAUACACCUGAGCAGAUCAAUGAAGCAUGUUAUGUGGAUGUAAAUGCCAACAAAGCUGUCUUUGACAGUUUAAGGAAUAACCCUAAAGUGCAUUAUGAUGGGAGGUGCUUCUCUUACAAGUCAAAGCAUGAUUUGAAGGAUAAGAACCAACUGCUUGUAUUGAUACGUAAGUUUCCCGAGGGAAUUGCUAUUAUUGAUCUCAAGGAUGCAUAUCCAACUGUGAUGGAGGACUUGCAGGCUCUGAAGGCUGCAGGCCAGGUUUGGCUGCUGUCGAAUUUUGAUUCACAGGAGGACAUAGCAUACCCAAAUGACCCCAGGGUACCUAUUAAGGUGGAUGAUGAUUUGAAGCAGCUCUUCCGGGGAAUCGAGCUGCCACGUGAUAUGGUUGACAUUGAGAAAGAUCUUCAGAAGAAUGGGAUGAAGCCUGCAACAAACACUGCCAAGAGGAGGGCUAUGGCCCAGGCGCAUGGAGCUGCCUCCAAGCCCAAGCCAAAGAAGAAGCAGCGUGAGAUCAGCAAGAGAACUAAGUUGACGAAUGCUCACCUUCCAGAGCUAUUCCAGAACUUGAACGUCCCUGACACCUGAAAGGGU